AAUGAAUGAAUGAAUGAAUGAAUGAAUGAAUAACUGCUGCCUUCACUUCCCCAGGACCCCUUCUUUCCUUCUGUCCCAGAGGCUCACACAGGCCCUAAAGAAUCUGACCUGUGACCUGUGCAGGACCCACCACCGAGGGGCUAGAUGAGGCCAUGACCCUCAGGGGUCAAGGCAGGAGUGCCUAGCGCCUCCGUGCAGACAAGUGUUCAGAAGAGCACCUCAGGAAGCCCAGAGCCUCAUCUCGGAGAUGCUCCUGAUGCUGUCGCUGCUGUGCGCAGGGUCCCUGGCUCAGGACCCGAGAUUCCAGCUGCGAGUGCAGAGGUCCGUGACGGUGCAGGAGGGCCUGUGCGUGCACGUGCCCUGCAGUUUCUCCUACCCCCUGAGAAAUUACACUGAGUAUAACCCAGCUUAUGGCUACUGGUUCCGGGAAGUGGCUGAUGCAUCCCAGGAUGCUCCCGUGGCCACAAACAACCCAGGCCGUAAAGUGCAGGAGGAGACCCAGGGCCGAUUCCGCCUCCUCGGGGACCCCUGGGACUACAGCUGCUCCCUGGACAUCAGAGAUGCACAGAGAAGGGACUCGGGGACAUACUUCUUCAGGGUAGAGAGAGGGUCUUAUGUGAGAUUUAGUUACAGAGCGAACCAGCUAAAUGUGCGUGUGACAGCUCUGACGAAGACCCCUGAUGUGCACAUCCAGGGGACCCUAGAAUCUGGCCACCCCAAGAACAUCACCUGCGGAGUGCCGUGGGCCUGUGACAGGGGGACGCCCCCCACCUUCUCCUGGAUCGGGGUCUCCCUCACCUCCCUAGACCCCAAGACUCUCCACUCCUCGGUGCUCACCCUCACUCCUGGGCCUCAGGACCACGGCACCAACCUCACCUGUCGGGUGACCUUCCCCGGUGCCAACGUGGGUGCCAAGAGAACCAUCCUGCUCAAUGUGUCCUACGCCCCACCUUACCUGACCAUCCGUGUCUUCUGGGGAAAUAGCACAGUCCCCGAGGACCUGGUCAAUGCCACCUCCCUGCGAGUGCAGGAGGGCCAGUCCCUACGCCUCAUCUGUGGCGCCAAUGGCAACAUCCCUGCCAGGCUGAGCUGGUUCCGGGGAAGCCUGGCCCUGAGCCCCUCCCGGGCCUCAGACCCUGGGGUCCUGGAGCUGCCCCAGGUGGUCUUAGGGGAUGGAGGAGAAUUCACCUGCCGAGCUCAGCACCCGCGGGGCUUCUGCCAUGUAUCCCUGAACCUAGUGGUGCAGGGUGCCGCCUGUUCCUGCUCCCAAAUCUGUGGGGAGCAGCAGGGCUCCUGGCCCCUGGUCCUCACCCUGAUCAGAGGGGCCGUCAUGGGGGCUGGCUUCCUGCUCACCUACGGCCUCACCUGGAUCUACUACAGCAGAGCAGCUCCCCGUGCGGUCCAGAGGUCCCCAAGGGCUAAGGCCCCAACGUGGGACUGAGCCGCGUUCCUCGGGGGCUGCUGAGCUUUGGCCUCAGGUCUGUCGGCCGACGCUCACCCCUGCACAGCUCUGUGCAGCCCGGCGCCCCGGCCCCGCCUCGUCUCCGGAAAGAGCAUCUCUCCACCUCUGACCUCCAGGACUCUCCCCUGCAGCUCUAUGUGAACGGUUGGGAGGGCAAGUCAGGAGAUUGGCAGAUUUGUUAUUAUUCAUUUGAAUCAUACUCCAUGUAAUAUUUUGUUGCCAUGUGCUUACCUUCACGUGGUCUGGAUAAGCCCAUAAUUCAACCCCCUAAUACAUUGUUUUGAAGCCCGUAAUACAUUUUUAUAAAACAGGGAAUUUUAAAGAGAUUUGUUGGAUUGGAAAAAUCAGGCUGUUUGACACUUACCCACAUAGAAACCAUUUCAUUGCUCAUCAGUCCUGUGUGCACAUUCAGGCUUCUCGAAAACACCAUCUUCCUUUUACCUGAAGACCUUUGCAGGUGUCUUUUUGUGGUGUAGAGAUGCUGGGGAUGGAUUCUGUCAGCUGUGGUUUGUCUGGAAAAGGCUGCCUUUACAUUAACUUUGGAAAGAUACUUUUAUUGCCUAAGGAGUUCGAGGCUCACAUUUCCUGCCGUUCAGCUAUUCACUCCCCUUGACUGUCCUAGUCUCUCAUGAGAGUUCUGUGGGUACAUGACUUCCAUAUCAGGCCAGUGGUUUUAAGGCUGUUUACUUUUUAGCCUCUUCUAAGGCAGCUCUGGUGGUGCCUGUAUCCCAGGGCUGGUUCUUUUACUUGGAUGCCAUGGCAUUUGGGGAGCUUUUUCUGAAUGCCCCAUGUAUUCAGGGAGGUCUCUUCUCUCUGGCUGGAGGGAAUAUGCUCAAGUCCAAGCACGUCGUGAGCCCUGGGCAUUUCCCAUCUGACAGAGCUCUGAAAACUGUUCUCCCUGGGAAAUUGUCCUUGCUUGGGGCUUCACCUUGUGCAUGUGCAUCCUGACAUCUGGCCAAUGGUUCCAGGAGCCUUUAUGGAGACCUUGAACCAUUCUCUGCAAUGCUGUCUCCUGUCUGCAGGCCUGACCUGUACAUUCGAGUCUUGUCAGCCUCUUUAACCAGCAAUGCCCGGCUCCUCAACUCAGUGAAAUUUCAGUCCUUAUUAGGGUACCUGCCGCCCCUUCCUGCUUGGCCAUCCUAGCAGAAAACUUGGGUGUCCAUAAGGCUCACCUCAUUUAUUCCUUCUCUCAAAGGUCAUGAUUCUUACCUGUCUGUGUUCAGUAUUCUAGUUGUUUACGUAAGAAAGAUUGUUCUGGACCCUGUUACUCUCUCGUGCUCAGAAGCAGAAGUCCCCGGCAGACUUUUAAAAAUGGUUUGAUCAAGGUAUAACUUACAUGACAUAAAAUUAAUUCAUUCUAAGUGUGUGGCUCAAUGAUUUUUGGGGGAAAUUAAUAGAUUUGCAUAACCACUGUCACACAUUUUACUUAGCCUAGGGAGGCACCUUGUGCUCAUUUACAGUCAAUACCCAUUCCCUUCAUAGCUCCAGA